AUGACAGAAACGCUUCUUACCUACGCUACGACGCUCGCUUUCUACAUUCAUCUUUGUGCUCUCCCCGCCUCCGAGCGGCCAGACAUGAGCACGCAUCCCGUGCUCGAGCGCCUGCUGCAGCUGAAGCAGGGCGUUGUCGCCCUCGAGGACCUCGACUUUGCCGCCGGUUCCGUGUCCGACAAGGGUCCCGAGCUCUUCGUCCGUCCCGGCGAGGAGGGCUGGGAUGACGAGGAGGACCCGGAGGAGAUGGCGCAGCUGCUGGCCUCGAAGCGCGAGCUCAUGGCGCGCAUGAACGAGGCGAGCGGCAUGGGUCUCCCCUCGGACGAGGACGAGAUCGACGAGGAGGAGGAUGCCAACCAGCUCUGGCACACGGCCGGACUGGAGGACGGCGAGCUCAGCGCUCUGCUCCAGGACGCGCAGGAGCAGGGCCAGCGCAAGCGUACCCGCGGCAAGAAGGGGAAGAAGGGAAAGAAGGCGCCUGCGCCCAUCUCCCCCUCCGACUCGGAGGAGUCCGACGACGAAACCCCAGCAGCGUCCUUCACGCCUAUCGCCGAGCCGUCCUUCAUCUCAAGCAAGAAGAGCAAGAAGUCCAAGUCGGCCAAGGUGCCCAAGUCCGGCGCGAUCGAGGACGUGUACGGCGACGCGGACGAGCUCGAUCUCGCCGACGCGGCGGACAAGGAGCGCCGCAAGCGUUCGCUGCGCUUCCACACGUCCAAGAUUGCCGCCACUGCUGCCCGCCGCACCGCGGCCAAGAACCGCAUCCCCUACCGCGACCGCCAGGCUGCGCGGGACGCUGCGCUGCGCAAAAACGCCCCCAAGGGCAACGGCGGCGAGGACCUGGACGGGGGCGAGUGGACGGACGCAGACCGCAAGCGUGCGCGCGAGGUGCGCGACGAGGUCGCCGACGAGGACGACGACGGAUACUACGACCUCGUCAAGCGGCGCAAGACGGAGAAGGAGGACGCGAAGCGCGACGCCCACGAGGCGUACCGCGAGGCCAAGUUCGCCUCGUUCGAGGACGAGACGACCGACGGGCCCCGUACCAUCACCCGUGCCAUCGAGAAGAACCGUGGCCUCACCCCGAGGAGGAACAAGGCCGGUCGCAACCCGCGUGUCAAGAAAAAGCUGGCGUUCGAGAAGGCCAAGCAGAAGGUCUCGUCGCAGCGUGCUGUGUACAAGGGUGGCCAGGGCGCGCUCGGCGGACAGUACUCUGGAGAGAAGACCGGUAUUUCGACCGUUGCCAAGUCGAGAAAGUUCUAA